AUGUUUCACAAGAAGAAGACACGCGCUCGUGACAACGUUGCAAUGUUUCUUUCCUAAAUGUCUCUAGGGUGUCAGUCUGUGUGAACUCCUGUGGUUAUCGGUUUUUUCUGUAUGUGUUUGUGUUUUAUCUGAGUCCAGAGAGGGACGACGUCAAGUUCAGGGCCAUAAACCGCUCCAGUGACCAGCGUUUGGUCUCGAGUGGCGACGUGUAAAGGAACUGCGCGAGAUGCGCUGCACAUAGACAGACGCUCAAGGUGCUUCAGUACAGCAGGCCACUGGCUCCUGGUCAUUCAUCUCAUAUUUUUUUUCUGGAAAGCACCGUUCAAACGUACAGGGUUUCUACAUCUGUUUGUGACGUUCAAGCAGUAAAACUAUGUCUAACCGGGGAAGACCUCAGCCUGGCCGCCUGUGCGCCCCAGCUUUGGCAGUAUUUGUGAUGCUGGCUUUGAAUGUUCAGGCCAGGCCUGCAAAUAUAUCGGCGUUAAAAGACAAACACCCCAACAGCAAAGAGGACAAUGAGAUCCUUCCUCCAGACCAUCUGAACGGUGUGAAGAUGGAAAUGGACGGUCACCUCAAUAAAGACUUUCAUCAGGAGGUGUUUCUGGGGAAGGAGAUGGAGGAGUUUGAGGAGGACUCAGAGCCCAGAAGAAACAGGAAGAAACUUAUUGAAAUUUUCACCAAAGUGGAUAUUAAUAAAGACAGGAGUGUCAGUGCUAAAGAAAUGCAGCGCUGGAUCAUGGAGAAGACAGAAGAACAUUUUCAGGAGGCCGUUAAAGAAAACAAGCUCAGUUUUCGUGCCGUGGACCCUGAUGGGGAUGGACAUGUGACUUGGGAUGAAUACCGUGUGAAGUUUUUGGCCAGUAAAGGUUUCAAUGAAAAAGAAGUGGCUGAGAAGAUCAAAAACAAUGAAGAACUGAAAGUGGAUGAAGAAACUCAGGAGGUUCUGGAGAGUUUGAAGGAUCGCUGGUUCCAGGCAGAUAACCCUCCAGCUGACCAACUGCUAAAUGAAGAGGAGUUCCUCUCGUUCCUGCACCCGGAGCACAGCAGAGGCAUGCUGAGAUACAUGGUCAAGGAGAUCGUCCGAGAUCUUGAUCAAGAUGGAGAUGGAAAGUUGACUCUUGCUGAAUUUAUCUCCCUCCCCAUGGGAACUGUGGAGAAUCAGCAGGCCCAAGACAUCGAUGACGACUGGGUUCGUGAAAGGAAAAAGGAGUUUGAAGAAGUCAUUGAUGCUAACCAUGAUAUGAUCGUAACCAUGGAAGAACUGGAGGAAUACAUGGACCCUAUGAAUGAGUACAACGCCCUGAAUGAAGCCAAGCAGAUGAUUGCUGUGGCAGAUGAGAACCAAAACCACAACCUGGAACUAGAGGAGAUCCUUAAAUACAGCGAGUACUUCACUGGCAGCAAACUCAUGGACUAUGCCCGUAACGUACAUGAGGAGUUCUAAGACGUCUCCUAGAGUCUUUAUGAAUAAGAAUAGCAUGUAAUACAUCCCUAAAGUGUCACAAGGAUGGACUUCGCUUGCUUCCCAGACUGGGAUCAACAAGUGCAUUCGGACAUGUUUGUAUGUGUACAAAACCUCAAGCCACAAAACCUUCUGUAAUGUUGCAAUUCGCAGAUAUGACAUGUUAUUAAGAGUUUGCCUUCGUAAUAUCAUAGAUUUCCAUUUGAGCCCCAUAAAGUUCCAUAUAAAUAAUUUUA